CCCUCGCUCACUCGUGGAACCACAGAGGCAGAAGCCGCUCUGGCUCAGAGUAGCGUGGUGUGGUUUUUUUGGGGGGCUCACCAGCGACCGGAUGCCAGGAUUCCGAGGCUGAUCCGAGUUGUUUGGUGCUGUUUCCUUGUUGCCGUUCAGAGAUUUGUUUGCGGGACGACCGGACGCAGCACUCCCGCACUGGCGUUUCUUUGAUGAGCAGCUGAGGAUGUUGUUAUGAGAGCAGUUGUGGAUAAGGGUUGCAAUUUUAUGAUCAGUUUCAUUCCUCACUUGCCGGUGCACGCAUCAGAGGAAAAUCUCCAGAGCAUGAUGAAGAAGUGAAUCGGUCGUCGCAGUCAUGGCUGUCCAGACUGGCAUCCAGGUGUGGUUCGGCGAGAAGUUUGAUGCCCCCUUGCUGAGCCCCAGGAGCCCUCGCAGCCCGUUGGCACAGCGGCACGGCCCCGGCCUCGCGGACGUCUUCCAGUACGACCAGUGGCUGGCGGUGCGGCAUGAAGCCACCCUGGUGCCCAUGCAGGAGGAUCUGGCCAUCUGGCUCACGGGCAUGCUGGGGGAGGAGGUGAGAGCGGAGUUCUUUAUGGAGGAGCUGAACAACGGCGUGAAGCUCUGCCAGCUUAUCGGCGUGUUGCAGACCAAGAUUGCCCAGAGCUGCCCCUCCGCGCUCGGCAAGCAGCUGUUCCCCACACGGAAGGUGGCCUGUAAGCGGGACGCCUCCCCGGGCUCCUUCUUCGCCCGCGACAACACGGCCAACUUCCUGGCCUGGUGUCGAUACAUCGGUGUGGAGGAGACCUACCUGUUUGAGUCAGAGGGCCUGGUGCUGCACAAGGAGCCUCGGCAGGUCUGCCUCUGUCUGCUGCAGAUUGGCCGCAUCGUCUCCAAGUACGGCGUGGAGCCUCCCGUGCUGGUGAAGCUGGAGAAGGAGAUCGAGCUGGAGGAGACCCUGCUGCUGACGAAGGAGCCCCCACCGGCAGUCAAAACCUUUAGCGUGUGCUGCCAGCACGGCGGCCUCUACCAGCCCGGGGAGCACGGCAUGGAUGACCCGCCCUGCAACUGCUCCAACAGGGUGUCCAUUGAGUACCUGUCCGAGGGACGCUACCGGCUGGGAGACAAGACCAUCUUUAUCCGGAUGCUUCACGGCAAACAUGUGAUGGUCCGCGUGGGGGGCGGCUGGGACACGCUGCGGGGUUUCCUGACCAAGUACGACCCCCUGCGAGUGCUGCAGUUCACCACCCUGGAGCAGAAGAUCCUGGCCUUCCAGAAAGGCCCCCCCGGCCUGGGGGGCCACCAUGGCGGCGGGCCACCCCCUCCCCCUCCUCCGGACAUGGACCCGCUUGCCGCCGUCAACGACCUCAUCUCCUCCUCGUCCUCUUCUUCUUCCUCCACCUCCGCCUCAUCGUCAGCCUCCCUCUCCGGCCCGGCCUGUAAGCAGACGCCCGUUGUUGCGGCGGCGGGUCAGAUGGGUCGGUUCCACGGCGCCUCACCUGCCGGCACGCCCACUCUGCCCAGGAGAGGUGCUGCGGCGGCGGCCAAGAAGAACCUCCAGAUGACGCCGUCCUCCCCCAGGAAGCCCACCCAGCUGCCGCUGCCCAUCGCCCCCAAAGGUUCCUCGUCUUUGCCCUCCACGCCCGUGGGAAGCUCCAAACUGUCUCCCAGCUCGGGAUGUCCUCCUCGCAGAGCUUUGACUCCGUCAGCAGCUCCGUCGCCCUUCGCCACGGAUCCAACUCCUGCCCCCAACCUGAAGCUCCGACCGGCGCCACGCAGCGCCACCCCUCAGCCCAGGAGCCCCGUCUGCCCCGAGCCGUCCUCCAAAUGCCCCAAACCCUCCAGCCCCUGCAGCUCACCCACCGCCACUGUGCCUCGCCCCGUCACCGCACCGUCACGGGUCCCAGCCCCUAAAGAUGCCCGGCCCCCAUCGGGCACCAGCCAGCGGCCUCGCCUUGCACAGCGCCGUCCCGGCUCCCCGGCCUCGCGCCUCCGCCUGGAGGCAGCCAGGCGAGUACGCACGGCCACGCGGGCUGCCGCUGCAACAAAUUCAAGAGCAGCGAUGCCACAGCCCCCCGCCACCAGCUCACGGACAGCCCCCCCAGCGCUGCCAAAACCUACCUGCUCCCUGCCAAAAGGCAAAGAAGUCACAGCCAAAGCCAAGGGGCCGGCCCCAACAAAGGCUGCCGCCCCUCCUCGAGGCACCGCUGCUGCCCCCGGGCGGGUCCCGGGGGUCAACACCAGCCCCUCUCCCUCCAGCAGAGCCAAUCAGAAAACACCAGCCACAGUGCAGACGACCGGGCGGAAACAAGCGUCUGCAACUCGCCCCGCCAUCGGAAAGUCAACUUCAAAACCGGACCCAGCUCCGGGACGCGCCCCGGUCCCGCAGAAAUCCAGCCCCAACGUGAGGGCUGUGCAAGCCGAGCCCAGCGUACGCAGAAAGACCCCGCAGUGCAAGGGCAAGAACGAGGACCCUUAUUUUGAAAUGAACAGUAAGAGGUGGCAGAGGACGUGAACCCGGACUUUACCAAAAACCACAAGGGGCUGGUGACGCAGAUUCUCAUCACAAACCAGCCCUUGUUUGAAACAAACAUAUAUAUAAAUGUUACUAAUUGUAAGCUUUUCCUUUUUGACCAUUUGUUUGGUCUGCAAAUUCAUUUUUCUUCCUUUUUUUGGUUGAUGAUUCUGUGUUAUUUAAUAGUCUUUUAUUUUUGUAAUUUUAAAUCCAAAAGGGUCAAAGAUGUCAUGCUCUGUUCGUUUCGUCUCUGUGAUGAAUUAACGUUUUUGUUGUUGUUUUUGUUUUUGACAGCUCCGCUCCAUUUACCAGAUCUAACAUGGAAACUUGCACAAUGUUUACAUUUCCACCGUAUACGUCACGCGAACAGCCGCUACAGUUCAUUUGUCUGAACUGACUUUUCUAGAAGAACAAAGGAUGGAGUUUUGUAGAAGAAUCAUGUUCAAACGUUAACCUCAAAGCUUUUUGGAGUUUUAUUUAGCUCAAGACGAGGGCAGAGCCAUGAAUCAAACGCACUUAGGUUCUUUUGUUUUUUUAAAGAUAAAAGAUGCGUGUCCUAUUUUCUCCAACAUGUUACCGAACCUUGUGGUCGUAGUUUUGUUCGUGCAGUGACGCAAACUGGAACACAAAUCAUGCUUUCUGAUUUAUUUUUGUCAUCCUCUCUCUCCCCAGUGAGAACAGGCAUUCCACUGGCGGAUGGUUGGAUGUGAUACUUUUUGACGGAUUUUUUGUACAAACCAUACCGAGGCGGGGCGUCGGGUCUCAACCCCUCUUCCUGUCGCGUGCCUUCGUCAGAAAUCUCUCUCUUGUUUCUGAGCGGCAUUAGAAUGUAUUAGAUGAUGGGGAUGGGCGGGGGGUGUUAAUGGUUUUUACUGAUGAUGAAAAUUGCACAGUGUGUACGAGCACUCACUACUUUGGUUUCUCCGAUGAACUACUGAUCAAACGCCUCUUUCUGUCUUUCUUUCUCUCGAGGCCCCUCCAGCGGCCAAACUCAUUUUAAAGCUGAUCUACUCGUGUGUAGACUUGUUUUUUUGUUUUUCAAAUGGUUUCUAAAUGUUUGUGUGUGUGCGUAUUAAAAAUCUAGUUUUCUAUGUGGUGUUUGUGUAUGUAUGCGUGUUUGCGCGUGUGUGUGUAUAUAUACAGUAUAUUAUCAGUGAGGCUUUUCUUUUUUCUCGUUUGGCACUUUACAGAAACCUUUGUUUGUCACAAUUUGAAUGUUGAUUCUGUCGAUUGUGUCUCUUGCUCCUUUGUCAUUUUGAUUAAUAAAUGGACAAGUGUUUUAAAAAAGCAAAAAUCA